AUGACUUCUUCUUUGCAUAUCUCUAUAAAAUCAAUCAUUCCCCUCAGGAAACAUAAAAACAUGGUUCUUCAUCUACAACUAAUUCUUCUCCUUCUAGCCUUCAUCUCCCACGAACCUGAAGCCAUAGCACAAUAUCUAGAACCUUUCACUUCCCAAGUUGCACCAGUAACAAAACAUGCUGAUGCAGCUACACCACUCUAUAGCAUUCAGAUGAAGAUGGCUGUAUGGGUAUACAUACCAGGCAUAUAUAAAAACUUCUUUAUUGACAUAGACGCUCCUUUCACAUGGCAUGACUGCAUUGUGGACUGGAAUAGUUGGAUUAAUGAAAGCAGCAAUUGCCUCGGUUGA